AAAGUCUACAAUUUAUAGUCAAUCUAUGUAGGCCAUAAAGUCUACAAUUUAUAGUCAAUCUAUGUAGGCCAUUAAAAAUCUGGUUUUCACAUUCCAUGGUCCAAGAAUCAGCAGUGCUCAUGUCAGGGUCCUUGUCAAGUCAACAUGUGACAAUGUGGUCAAGGUCAAGGUCCAGUCAAUGUAUAACAAUGUGGUCAAGGUCCAGUCAACCUGUGACAAUGUGGUCAAGAUCAAGGUCCAGUCAACUUGUGACAAUGUGGUCAAGGUCCAGUCAACUAGUGACAAUGUGGUCAAGAUCAAGGUCCAGCCAACUUGUGACAAUGUUUUUGACCCUGACUUUAGUCCUGUCUUGUUUUGUUGGUCAGGGAACAACCUUUUCACUAAGUGAGCUCAGUCAGCUAGCAGACAGUGCUGAGUCACUCAGUUACAAACUUCAAACAUGUGCCAAUCAGCUUGCUACUUGGACAAAAUUUAACAAAAUGAAACUUCACCCCGAUAAAACCAAGUCAAUGUUUAUUACAACUCAUCAGAAACGCCUUCGUCUUCCAUCCACCGCAUUACGCAUUACUAUAGACAAUACAAACAUUGAACAGGUUAACAGUUACAAAUGCCUAGGAUUGGUUAUAGAUCACAACCUCACUUGGUCCGAUCAUAUUCAUUUUCUAAGAAUGUCCUUAUUAAAGACAAAUUUUCAAUUAGCAAGGAUAAAGAACUUUCUCGACUAUAGGAGCAGGCUAGUUUUUUUAUGAAGCUUUUAUUCAAUCUAGGUUGGAUUAUGCUUCUGUAGUGUGGAGCGGCAGCUUUAUAACUAAGCAGAGUCCUCUUCUAUCUUUACAAAAAAAGGCUAUAAAACUGGUUACUGGCUUGUCUAGUAGUCUGGAUUCUUUUAUUACAACUAAAAUACUUCCAUUAAAUAAAAAGAUAAUAUAUACUAAAUCAAUUUUUUUUUAUAUAAAAUAUUCCACGAAACAGCCCCCUCUAACCUCUUACUUAUCAGACCAAUUUUCUUUUAACAUAAAAUUAAAUCGUCGUCUUCAUUUACCAUUCCCAUAUACAACUUUUU